AUGUAUUCCAUGGACAAUCUUGAAUUAGACAUGAUGAACCGUCAGUACAUGUAUGAGGCACACAGUUUUCUUGGGAAUCCGGCGAUCCCAGCUUUACCGCCGCAUUGUGGAGCACCUACCACAGCUACGCUACCUUCAAUCCCAUCGCAGUUAGCUGCACAUCCUGCUGGAAGUACCGGAAGUACCAGCGGUAGUGAAAUUUAUUUGUACGAUGAAAACAGCAGCGAUAAUGAGAGUGCAUACAGCAGUGAUCAGGAAAAUCACACCAGAGAACGAAGUCAAAGCAACAGAAGAAACGGGACAUCAGGAAAAAGUCCAAGGCAAGCGGUGCAACAAAGACAAGCCGCCAAUAUGAGGGAGAGGAGGCGUAUGCAAAACAUAAAUGACGCCUUUGAGGGCCUCAGGGCUCACAUACCUACUCUCCCUUACGAAAAGAGACUCUCUAAAGUAGAUACGCUAAAAUUGGCAAUUGGUUAUAUAAAGUUCCUAAAUGAACUAGUCAGAGCUGAUAAGGGUAACGAUCCUUUAACGGGAAAUGGCGGUCUCUCAAGAUGUUCCGGUCGAGACGACUCUAAGAAGGUCAUAGUUCGUGGUAGCGAGGGGAAUCCCUUCAUUUUUCAUUCCCUCUCCUGGUCCAGGAAAUCGGACAUCUCCCCGAAUGGGACGAUGUACGCGAAAGUAUGGACCCCGGAGGAUCCAAGAACAUCAAAAAACUGCUCGACAUUCGAAUAA